UAGAUGUAUUUCAAAAAUCAAAGAAAGAUGUUUGCUUAAAUAACGUAUGCAAAUUUUCAGCUGGUUCCAUUCUGAAGAAUAUGGACUUCACCGUAAAUCCAUGCGACAACUUUUACGAAUUUUCAUGCGGUUCUUAUCUAAAAUACGAAAAUAUUUACGAUGAUAAAAUUCGUAGUUUUACAAAUUUAAAAAACUAUAUCAUUUAUUUAAUAAAAGAACAAUUGGAAAAGCCACAGAAUUUCGAUGAUCCAGCUUUCGUCAAAAAAGUAAAGAAAUAUUAUCAAUCGUGUUUAAAUAAACCUAGUGACACAAAAGAGGCAAUUCAUGAAAUUUUAAGUGCAGCUAACUUAGACGGCUGGCCUCUGUCUGAAAACGAUAAUUCAAAAUUAACAAUGGAGAAAGCUAUGGUAUUGUCAUACGUGUACGAUGGCACUGGAAAUCUGUUUAGAUUUCGUAGUAGUCCAAAUAUCUCUUACAUACGG